AUGUCAUACGCAGCCACCCUGAAAAACCAACCCGAACCCUUCGCAAUUUCGUUCUCCCACGCCUCCCUACUUCCAAUUGUAGCCGCCAACCCACCCCCCAACUUCGACCCUAAGGUUGAUGCUUUCAUUAGCCUCGAAUAUGCAGAAGCUGAAUCCCUUUCGGUAAGAUGGAUUAACUCCCUAAUUAUCAAAGUGGUGGGAAAGUCGUUCUCAGUGGAGUUUCUCAAAAGUUCCCUGCAAAGAAUAUGGAAAAUCAAGUCGCCAGUGCAACUAAUUGCCCUGGGGAAGGGUUUCUACAAUGUCUCACUGCCAUCAGAGGAGGAUAGAGAGAAUGUAUUAUCGAAUGGACCCUGGUUCAUCACUAACUUCAUGGUAUUAGUGCAACCAUGGACGCCGGGUUUCAAGCCAUCGCAAGCUACAAUCACUAAGAUUCCGGUAUGGAUUACCCUCCCCGAGCUGCCAAUUGAGUUCCAUUCCGUAUCAGUGUUACAAAAAAUUGCAAGCCAGAUUGGCACCUUCAUAAAAUCUGAUAACAGAGCCAUUGAGCAAAACAGAGUGCGUUUUGCAAGAAUCCAAGUGCUAUUAGAUUUGGCGUUGCAAAGGAAGGAAGCAGUAUGGUUGGGGGCAUUCAAGCAAAUGAUCAUCUACGAUGAAACCCCGUUCUUUUGUGCCCUAUGUCAAUCCAUCGGCCAUGGAGUGGGCAGAUGUCCGCUAGAAACAGAGCAGAGGGAAGAAUUGCAGAGCGGCGCAAAGAUGAACCACGAGGAAACCCUAAUCAGCGACAACAAUCAAAGGGAUCAACAACCGUUGAUGGAAGAAGGGGAGAUUAAUCCUAACCCAUGGAUCAAUGUCUCCAACAAAAAGACAAGUUACAGGAAAAGUACAAGGAAAAGUAAGAAAGUGACAAAAUGUCCAGAAAAAGGGGAAGGAAGAAACAAAAAAACACCAGAAAUUUCGGCGCCUAAACAGAAGCAAGGUUUUCAAAUGAAAAAGAAAAUGGGUCCAAGUGGGAAGCAACCUGUGCUGGUCAAGAAGGUGGUCCAAAACUUAGUGGCCCAAAUCGAAAAUAACACACAACUGGGGGCCCAAAACAAUGAAGGCAAGGCAGUUCAAAAGAUCGGAAAAAAACAGCAUCCAAACAAAAACCUAAUCCUAAUCCAACGGCGGAUAUUCAACCACCGAAAAGUUCACCAACCAAUACCCCAUCAUCCAUAA